CUAAUCAAGCUGAAAAUCCCAGUCACUUAUGUGCUAUAUCCGGAUGAAGGUCACGGUUUCGGUAGACCGCAGAAUUCACUUGCUGAGGCCGGGUUCGUCGAACGAUUUCUGUAUAAAUGUCUGCGUGGACGAUAUGAGGAUUUUUAUGUGGGUCAAUACAAUUCGAGUGCAAUUGUGAUAAGUGAUGCGGAAAAUACUGAAGAUUCGCGAUAUGAUGAGACAAUAGUUGGUCUGUUGGAAGAACGUAAUUCAACGAUGACAUUUUCGAGUGAUGAUGAUUGA